AUACACAGACCUGUCCGUCCUUCUCUCUCUUUCCGCACGGGCCCGUGCUGGAUGUCUCUCCUAUAGCUAAUCUCUCCAUGCAGCAGUGCUCCAACUCUCUCAAUGACUGAGACAUGCUCGCCUUCGCUUUAGUUGCUGGCUCUGUCUGGGUUGUGCUCGGGUCACCAGAAAAAGCAUUCAAACCAAACAACAGAGACGGUGAACUUUAAACUGCACACUGAUGUGUCAAUUGUCUGAGUUUACAGCUCAGAGAGACAGAAGCAUGAAUUCAUCCGCUGGAGUUUAAAUACUGAGCUCAGUUCCACGCUUAUGGAGAAAAUGCAGUCACGGGAUCUGCUGCUGGGUCUACAGCUGCCUGAGCUGGAUGAGCUGGGACAGUUCAUACGAUCUCUUCCCACCUCCGCGCUGGUCGGUUUGGGCGCCAUCACUGCUGUUCUGGCCUACUGGUUUGCGACACGCCCUCGUGCCAUUAUUCCACCCUGUGACCUCCGUCACCAGUCGCAGGAAGUAGAGAAGGAAGAUGGCGCUCGGAGGUCCAUGAUGGGCAGCAGCUCAAAGCUGCUCUCUUACUACCACGAAGAUGCCAAGACGAUGUAUGAGGUCUUUCAAAGAGGGCUACACAUAACCGGCGAUGGACCGUUUUUAGGCUCCAGACUUCCCAAUCAGCCCUAUAAAUGGUUGUCGUACAAAGAGGUCUUCAGCAGGGCCGAGAACUUGGGUUCUGGUUUGCUGUCUCAGGGUUGUCAGCCCAAUACUGAUCAGUUCAUUGGUGUGUUUGCACAAAACAGGCCAGAGUGGAUCAUAGCAGAGCUGGCAUGUUACACAUACUCAAUGGUGGUGGUGCCGCUGUAUGAUACUCUGGGACCUGACGCUAUACGCUUUAUCAUUAAUACAGCGGAAAUCGCCACAGUGAUCUGCGACAAACCCGAGAAAGCCAAGGUACUUCUGGGAAAGAUUGAGAGAGGAGAAACACCGGGUCUUAAGACCAUCAUCCUCAUGGAUGCUUUUGACCUUCAGCUGGUGGAGGAAGGCCGGAGGUGUGCAGUUCAUAUUCAGGCUCUUAAAGACGUCGAGGCUCUGGGGAAAGAGAAAUACAGGAAGCCUGUGCCCCCUGGACCAGAUGAUCUCUCCAUCGUGUGCUUCACCAGCGGCACAACAGGAAAUCCAAAGGGAGUGAUGCUGACCCACGGGAAUGUUGUGGCUGACUUCGGAGGCUUCUUGAAAGUGACGGAUAAAGUCAUCUUUCCAAACCAAGAUGAUGUUCUCAUUUCCUUCCUGCCUCUAGCGCACAUGUUUGAAAGGUUGAUUGAGUCCGUGGUAAUCUGUCACGGCGGAAGGAUUGGCUUCUUCCAAGGUGACAUCCGUCUUCUGCCCGACGACAUGAAGGCUCUCCGGCCUACUAUCUUCCCGGUGGUCCCUCGUCUCCUGAACCGCAUGUAUGACAAGAUCUUCAGUCAGGCCAACACCUCGGUGAAACGCUGGCUGCUGAACUUUGCAGCCAAGAGAAAAGGAGCCGAGGUGAGCCGUGGCGUCAUCCGCUGCGACAGCAUAUGGGACAAGAUCUUCUUCCAUAAGAUCCAGGACAGUCUCGGCGGCAGGUUGCGGAUGAUCAUUACGGGAGCGGCUCCGGCCUCUCCAUCAGUCCUGGGCUUUCUGAGAGCAGCGCUGGGCUGUCAGGUGUAUGAGGCGUACGGUCAGACAGAAUGCACAGCCGGAUGCACCUUCACCACACCAGGAGACUGGACGUCUGGUCAUGUAGGAGCUCCUCUGCCAUGCAAUCUCAUUAAACUGGUGGACGUGGCUGAGAAGAAUUACUUCGCUGCUAAAGGAGAAGGAGAGAUUUGUGUGAAAGGCCCAAACGUGUUUAAGGGUUAUUUGAAGGACCCUGUGAGGACUACCGAGACCCUGGACACAGAUGGGUGGCUUCACACAGGAGACAUUGGAAAAUGGCUACCGAAUGGCACAUUGAGGAUCAUUGACAGAAAGAAGCACAUCUUUAAACUAGCUCAAGGCGAAUAUAUUUCUCCAGAGAAAAUAGAAAACAUCUACAUCCGCAGUGAACCCGUGGCUCAGCUCUAUGUCCACGGUGACAGCCUGCAGUCGUGUCUGGUCGGAAUCGUCGUUCCCGAUCCAGAGGUAUUUCCUUCAUGGGCUCAGAAGAAAGGCUUCGAGGGAUGCUUUGAAGAACUGUGUGAAAAUAAAGAAUUGAAGAAAGCUAUCUUAGAUGAUAUGGUGCGUUUGGGAAAAACUAGCGGCCUCCAUUCAUUUGAGCAGGUCAAAGACAUACGCAUUCAUAAAGAAAUGUUCUCCAUACAAAACGGACUGCUGACCCCCACGUUAAAAGCCAAGCGACCGGAGCUGAAGGAAUAUUUCAAGACAGAGAUCGAACAACUGUACAGCAACAUUUCCAUGUAAUCGUACUGUCACCUGAAGUCCAGGACGUUUUAGUGACAGCGGACACUCAUCACCUCUUUGUUCUUCCUCAUUCAGACACUAGCCGGCACAAAAUACUCCAAAUGAGCCAUUGGCGUCAAGUCAAAGCAUGAGCUUACUCGCUACAAGAGUAAAUUAAAGAGUAAAUCUCCCUUUGGCCGUGAAUGUCAAUGGUUGGUGUGCCUUUAGAAAUGUGGCAGAGCUACGACCAAAACCAAGUCCUCCUGUAAAACAGAAGCAGUUCGAGCAUGCGUGCUUCAUCGUUUCAUUUCUUCAGUGGACCGAGAAGUUAUUUCACCCCUCUCGACAGUACACCUCCAUUCACCUUUAGCAUUUCUUUAUGGGUUCAAAGGGAAUUUGUAUGGCACAUUUCGAGCUCAAAGCAAUGCAUGAUGCGUAUACCCGGCAUUCCGUGAGACCGUCUCUGGUCAUGUCUCGCAGGUCCCCAAGACCUCGAUCAAAAGACACUUACAUAUACUAGAAUUACUUUCUAAUGCUUGUCUGUGUAGUAAAGGCCUACAAAUGUGGCUCACUUGAUCAAGGUGAGCAUGCCAUGCGUACAGUUUUGGGCUGUCAAAUGAGCUAGCUGUUCGGUUUCAUUCCAUCCCAAAGUAUUUCAAUAGUAGUGUACUGUACAUUUUGAAGAAUAAUAGACGUGAAACUAUUUAAGCAAUGGUUUGCAGUGUAGAAAAAAAUCAACAAUCUGUUCUUGAAUGAUAACAGAACUUUAUCUUUGUAUUUAAUGAGGGGUUAUGGAUGAAGACGGGGCAAAACGAGAAAUAAAAAUCUGCACAGAUUUGAAUCAAGUCGUCUUUUUCAUUUCGUGGCAUUAACAUGUGGUGCAUUUAACAUUCCACAGCCUGUACUGAAGUAUUGCUCAUUUUUUGUUUUGUUUGUUUUCCAGCAGAUUAUGGACUAUCGGGUCUAUUUCUAUUAGUAAUUUAUUAUAAUUAAAUUGUAAAGUUAUGCUGUACUGUUUUUUAUAUAAACAUUCCUUAUAAUUUCAUUGCUUAGUAUGUCAGAGUUUGAGGUUGAAAGUUUAAUAUCUGUGUGAAGAGUUAUUGGGUAGUUCGGACGAUUGCUGGACAUAUAGCUUCUUACACAUUUUUCAUUAUGUACAAAACAGGUUUUCUUUCUGCAAAAAGUUCAUGUUUUAAAAAUGGAAAAAAAAAACAUUUGUGCAUGUACAUCUCAUCUCAUCUCAUCUCAACUCAACUCAACUUUAUUUAUACAAUUUUCAUUGUUACAAAGCAGCAAAACAUCUCUGCAUAUCCUCAAAGUAUGAGUGUGUGCAAAAUGUAAAAAUAAAGAUGCA